AUGGAUAAUUAUAAAUCAUUUUCAAAAAAUGCAAAGAAAAUUUUAAAUUCACCGAUUUGUAAUAAUAAAAUGCAAACUGCACAUUAUACAGCAAUGGAGAAUUUAUUUUGUCCAGAAACUAAUAAAGAUGGCUAUAUUAGUUUAGGGAUUGCAGAAAAUGUUUUAUCAUUUGAUGUAAUGAAAGAUAAAUUAAGUGUUGAUCCAAAUUUUUGUCAAAGAUUAACUCAAUAUAGUGAUAUGGGUGGAUUUAGAGAUUGUCGUGAAUCAAUUGCAAAUUUAUUACAAAAUCAUCUAUUUAAGUAUAAACCAAUAAAUAAACCUGAAUUAUUAGUUAAUUAUAAACAAAUAAUAUUGGCAAAUGGAGCAACACCAUUAUUAGAAAAUAUAUUCAAUAUGUUUUGUGAUCAAGAUGAGGUUGCAUUAAUACCAUCACCAAUGUUUCCAAAUUUUAUUCCAUUCGCAGGUCAAAGAUUUGGUGUUAAAAUCGUUGGUGUUAAAAGUGAAGUUUAUAAUCAUGAUAAUACUAAUAAUAAUAAUGAUAAUAAAAUAAUUGAUUUCGAAUUAAAUUUAGAAGAGUUUGAAAAACAAUAUCAACUUCAUCCAGUUAAAUUGGUUGUUUUAUGUAAUCCAAAUAAUCCAACUGGUUAUAUAUUUUCAAAGAAACAAAUUAAACAAUUAGUUGAUUGGUGUAGAAAAAAGAAAAUUCAUUUAUUAAGUGAUGAAAUUUAUGCACUUUCAAUUUUUAAUGGAAAUUAUUGUAGUGGUACAAGAGAAGAUAAUGAAGAUGGUAAUGGUAAUGACGAUAAUGAUGAUGAUAUUUUUGAAAAAGAUGGUGCAAAUUUUGAAAUACCAACAAAUUCAUUCUCAAGUAUUUAUGAUAUAUGUAAAGGUGAUAUGGGAGAAUAUGUUCAUUUAGUAUCAUCAUUUUCAAAAGAUUUCGGAUUGAAUGGAUUUAGAGCUGGUUAUUUUUUUUCACAAAAUCUAGAUGUUCAAAGAUAUUUAUUAUCAACAUCAAAUUACUAUUCUUGUAGUAACAUCGUACAAUCGGCAUUAAUUAAUAUAAUAGAGGAUAAGAAAUACCUUUGCUCAUUUAUAAAAGAGAAUCAAAAAAGGUUAACAUCAUCAUAUAAUUUUGCAACUAAAACAUUGGAACAUUUUAAUAUACCCUAUUUAAAAUCAUCUGCUGGUUUAUUCAUAACAAUUGAUCUUAGAAAAUGUUUAAAUAAAUUACCAUCAUCAUUAGAAUUAAAAGAUAAUGAUUGUCCAUUUAAAAAAGAAAUUCAAUUAUGGGAAUUAUUAUUUGAAAAUAAAGUUUUUUUAAAUCCUGGAAAACUUUGUUACUUUGAUGAACCUGGUUUUUAUAGAUUAAUAUUCACUUUAUCAAAUGAAUUUGUUUAUAAUGGAAUUGAAAGAAUUUCAAAAGUUUAUAAUCAAUUAUUAUUAAAUAAUUAA